ACGCUUCCCUCCGUGCCCCAGCUCGCCUUUGUUGAACGACUAGCACGUGACCCGACUGCUAACACUGGUAAAGCACACAAUGUCCGCCUCACCAAGCAUUCAACCGAAGUUCCUCCCCAGCCGUCAGGAUGUUGGCGUAGUUGCAGUCGGUUUCAGCGGUGGCCAGCCAAAAGCUGGUGUCGAUGCUGCACCCAUGGCACUUAUUGAAGCUGGCCUGAUUACCGAAUUGGAAGGAGACUUGGACCUCAAAGUGACUUUCGAUGGACAAGUACACAACUACGCCGAGAUGUUGCCAGCCGACGACCCUGACUACCGCGGCAUGAAGCGACCGAAGUUUGUCAGCGCUGUCACAAAAGAAGUCAGCGACCAAGUUUACAACUACGCAAAAGAUGGCAAGCUCGUUCUGACGCUCGGUGGUGACCACUCUAUUGCCAUGGGCACUGUUUCUGGAACAGCAAAGGCUGUGCGCGAGAGGCUGGGGCGAGAGAUUGCAGUCAUCUGGGUCGACGCCCACGCUGACAUCAACACUCCUGAGACAUCUGACAGCGGCAACAUCCACGGCAUGCCCGUUGCCUUCCUCACAGGUCUCGCCAAGGAGGACCGUGAAGACUGCUUUGGGUGGUUGAAGCCAGAGCACAUGCUCAGUACCAAAAAGCUCGUCUACAUCGGUCUCCGUGACAUCGAUCGUGGCGAGAAGAAGAUUCUGAGAGAGCACGGCAUCAAGGCAUUCUCGAUGCACGACGUUGACAGGCACGGUAUCGGCAAGGUCAUGGAUAUGGCGUUGGCCUGGAUUGGCAGCGAUACUCCCAUUCACUUGUCCUUCGACAUCGAUGCACUCGACCCAAUGUGGGCACCCAGCACCGGCACCGCUGUUCGAGGUGGCCUGACGCUGCGUGAAGGAGACUUCAUUGCGGAAUGUGUGGCAGAGACCGGUUCUCUGAUCGCGCUCGAUCUCGUCGAGGUCAACCCCAGCCUGGAUGAGGUAGGCGCAAGCGACACGAUUCGUGCGGGUAACUCUAUCAUUCGCUGUGCCCUUGGAGAUACCCUUUUGUAAGAUGCGAGAGCGUUAAUUUGCGUGAUUGUAGUCGACUCUAGUCCUACAAAGCUAUUUCUAGAUGUAAACCACAAGGUUGGGUGGCAGUUCGUAGAUGAUUUUGACGCAAUGUAGACUGUACAAUUUCCACCUUUUGUCAGUACAUACCAAGGCGAUUCGCUGCUAUCGUUGUUCUCAAAGUACAGUCGUACAUUUGCACAACCUCAAAUAUUACUACAC